AUGUCCGACGUCGGCGACGACGACGUCGGCGAGGACGCGGGGGCGUCCGGGGGGCGGCGGCGGCGGCUCGACGACGGCGACGGCGACGGCGACGACGACGACGGCGGCGGCGCGUCGUCGUCGACGUCGAGCGACAGCGGCAGCGGCGGCGCGGGGGACGAGCGGAACAGAGAAGAGGCGGAGCUGUUGCCGGACUUUGCGUACACGAACCUGACCGAGCUCGCGAUGGCGAACAUGUCGCUCGCGAGCGGCGGCGGCGGCGUGGGGGGGUCGGGGUUCGCCACGCCCGAGAUCGCGACGUCCCCGCCGACGAGAUAG